UACAAGGUCAAAAUGUCAAGCACUUAUCAACCUUACUUUUACACCCUGUCCAAAAGCACAAUUUAAAACUACCACCACCAUGUCAUGGGGGUCUUGAUAGCUUAAAGAAUCUUUGAAACACAAAUUUUUAUAUUAGCUUGAAAUCUCGAGCUCAAAAGUUCGACACCACAAUUAAAGCAAUGUUUAUUCACAAGGCGCAGACUCUGAGAUUCCAGAGACCUGAUUCACUUGAACAUCGAUAAAUCAUUUCAAAUGCUACUCUGCUAGUCCCCUGAUGGCCAACAUGCCUUAUCUCAAUGUCAGCACUGUUUUAUCAAAUCUGACCAGCAGACCAGAACCGGGAAACUUAUACCGUCCAUUCUCAGUGUUCAGCGUCCUCACGCUUACACUUUUAGCCAUGCUCGUGGUGGCUACGUUCAUUUGGAACCUUCUCAUCUUGGUGACCAUUUUGAGAGUCCGAACGUUCCACCGUGUUCCUCACAACCUGGUGGCUUCGAUGGCCAUCUCUGAUGUGAUGGUCGCUGGGCUGGUGAUGCCACUGAGCCUCGUCCGAGAACUUUACGGCCGCAAGUGGAUCCUUGGGAAAGCGCUUUGCCAAGUUUGGAUUUCUUGCGAUGUCCUGUGCUGCACAGCCAGCAUCUGGAAUGUGACUGCCAUUGCGCUCGACCGCUAUUGGUCCAUCACACGUCACCUCGAGUAUACGCUCAAGACACGGAAAAGGAUCUCCAACGUCAUGAUUGGACUAACGUGGCUGCUCUCGUCUGUCAUAUCUUUGUCGCCACUCUUCGGAUGGGGAGAGACGUAUUCCGAGGAGGAUCUGGCGUGUCAGGUCAGCCAGGAACCGUCAUACACGGUGUUCUCCACCUUUGGUGCUUUUUAUCUGCCUCUCUGCGUCGUCCUGUUUGUGUACUGGAAGAUCUACAAGGCUGCCAAGUUUCGCAUUGGAUCACGCAAGACCAACACCAUCAUGCCGAUGGCGGAGAUUAUCGAGGUGAAGGAGGCAGCGGAACAGCCCCAGAUGGCGUUCAGUGUCCGUCAUGCAGCCGUGUCGUUCCAGCCCGAGGGUGAGACUUGGCGUGAGCAGAAGGAGCGUCGUGCCGCGCUGAUGGUGGGAAUCCUGAUCGGCGUCUUUGUGCUCUGCUGGAUCCCGUUUUUCCUGGCCGAGCUUAUCAUCCCGCUGUGCUCCUGCGACAUUCCACCCAUCUGGAAGAGCGUCUUCCUCUGGCUCGGAUACUCUAACUCCUUUUUCAACCCGCUCAUCUACACCGCCUUCAACAAAAACUACAACAGCGCCUUUAGGAACCUAUUCAGCAGGCAGCGCUGAGAAAUAAUCCACGUGAGCUAGUCAGCAUGAUGCUAACUGACAACACUGCUCUGAGAAAUAAAACCAUUGUUACCACAAGUUCUUCUCCAAGCUGUGUGCCCAAGAACUACAGAGGCACCUUUAGCACUGAUGAAAGCAAAUUACAACCAAUUAGCCUUGUGCUAACAAUGAAGAGCAUCAUCAAUCUAGGCUGCUUUGCUUCAAGAACCUAUUCAACCAGGAAUGUCGGCAAAUCUGACCAGAAAUUAGCAUCAUGCUAACCGAACAAAGGCAUCACC